GAUUUGAUUUAAUCUGCAGGUAUGAUUUAAAUUAAAGCUGAGUUCACUGACAGUUUUUAGUUUUAUCUCUUCAUGUUAGGAUUAGUCGGACGGAGCAUGAACGCAUCACCGUGACGACUGGCUGAUAAAAGCACUCGAGUUUUAUUUAUCUUUUUAUCUUUUUUAUCCUUUUAUUCGCUGUUUAGUUGGAGCUGCUCUCUUCCAACCCGCUCAUGGAGUCUGCAGAUGGUCAGCGGGGGCGGGACGGCGGCGCUCCGAGGCGUUCACCUCUUGACCUCAUCAUGAACCAGAUCCGCAGGAAGCGCACGGCCUCAGACAGGAAGCCGCUGGGACGCUUCCUGUCCCGGGACCGGAUGGGGAUCCCCGAGGACGGAGAGGCGGAGGGCCGCGAGGAGAGAGGACCCGGCUCAGGUGUGGUUGAGGCAGCAGCAGAGAGUGAGUGUGAUGCUGGCUGGGGGCGGGUCUGUGUGUUCCUGCAGCGUUUGGGGAAGAAGGCUGACAGCCGGAGCCUCGGCCUGGCUCACUGUGACCUCACCGCCACAGACCUGCUGGAGACAGCGACGCUGCUCCAGUUCCUCCCUCAGCUGGAGGAGUUGGACGUGUCCUGGAACGAUCUGAUUGGUGGGAGUCUGUCGGCGCUCACCUGUUACCUGCAGCAUGUGGGCGGAGUCAGAGCGCUGAGGCUCUGCAGCUGCAGGCUGAACGCUGAUGAUGUCACUACUCUGGGUGAAGCUCUCGGCUGCCUGCCGCUCCUGGAGGUCCUGGAUUUGUCCUGGAACGGCGGUGUGGGUGGCGGCGCUUUGCAAGGCCUGCUGGGUAAACUCCCCCCACCACUGAGGGAGCUCCACCUGGUGGCCUGUCAGCUCACUGCAGCUGAUGCUUCUGUGCUGGGAGGAAUGCUGUGUGACCUCAGCAGACUGUGUGUGCUGGACGUCUCCUGUAAUCCUCGGCUCUCACAGGAAGUUGACGCGGGCGGCUUCGUGUCGUUGGCCUCGUCUCUCUCCCACGCCGCCUCCCUCACAACGCUGCGCCUGCAGGCCUGCGGUCUGCAGCCGGACAGCCUGGAGGCUCUGGGUGGUUCGCUCCGCUGCCUCCCCUCUCUGAGAGAGUUGGACCUGUCCUCUAACAAAAGUCUGUCUGGAGGACUGAGCCGCCUCACGCUGCACCUGGCUCACCUCACACACCUGCAGAGCCUCGACCUCCACCUCUGCUGCCUCACACACACCGACCUGCAGGCCCUCAUCCAGGUGCUUCCCUCUCUGACGGCGCUGACCGACCUCGACGUGUCGUCCAAUAAGGAGGUGGGGGGCGUGGCCUGUCCGCUGGUCUCCGCCCUCCCUCUGACUCAGAUGAGACGCCUGCCGCUCAACAGCUGCAGCCUGAACCAGGAGUCCUUCACCAGCCUCGCCCUGGCCCUGCCCUACCUGUGCAGUGUGGAUGUGUCCUGGUGUAAAGUGGUCGGGGGACAUCUGGUGCUGCUGCUGGACGCUCUGCAGCCGUCCGUCAUCCUGGAGCUCCGCCUCAGCAGCUGUGACCUCACCACUGACGACCUGAGACACCUAGCGGCCGUGUGCAGACGUGGCAGCCUGUCCUCUCUGCGGCUGUUGGAUCUGUCCUACAACGGCUCGGUGGGCGCCGACGGCUGGUCGGCCCUGUUGGCAGCAGGAGGCCUGGGCUCGCUGCAGGAGCUGGACCUCAGCCUGCGACCUUCGACCUCGGCCCCCUGCUCCGCCUGGCUGCCGGCGCUGCUCGGCGCCCUGCCUCGGCUCCCGGCGCUGACCCGCCUGGCGCUGCGGCGCUGGACGCUCGGCUCCCGGGACAGGAAGCAGCUGAACCACAGCCUGAGGAAGAGGAGCGUCCUGCUGGAGUGGGACGCGCCGAAGAAAGACGCAGCGUCGUCGUUAAAAGCGACCAAUCAGGAGAGUCCUGAGGAGUAGAGGCUCUGAUCUGAUGUCAUGUCACUGAAGAACACCAGCUGCUGUCUAAAAGAAGUCAAAAUUAAAUGUUUUCUCCCCUUCAAAACUUUAAAAAUUCUUCUCUCCUAUUCAAACUGCUAAAACUAAUUUAAAUAAGUAAAAACAGGAUAUUUUGACCUCUUCAAGUCCCUAAAAAAAUCCUUAAAAUAAGUAGAAACACAAUUUUCUCUCCUCUCUAAAUCUCUGUUAAUCCUCCUCAGACCUAUAAAAGUCCUUAACACAGGUAAAACAUGACAUUUCUCCACUUCAAAAUCAUUAAAAUAAGUAAAAACAUAAUGUUUUGUCCUCUUUAAUUCUCUAAUAAUCCAUAAUAUAAGUAAAAAGUUCAUCCUCAGACCUCUAAAAGUCUUUAAAAUAAUAACAAUAGGAUGUUUUCUCCCCUUUAAAUCUCUAAAAAUCAUUAAAAUGAGUGAAAACAGGAUAUUUUGACCUCUCCAAGUCCUACAACACAAUGUUUUCUCCUCUCUAAAUCUCUGAAAAUCCUUGAAAUAAAUAAAAACAGGAUAUUUUAUCCUCCUCAGACAUAUAAAAGUCCUUGAAACAUGACUUUUCUUCACUUUAAAAUCAUUAAAGUAAGUAAAAAACGGGAUAUUUUGACCUCUUCAAUUCUCUAACAAUCCUUCAAAUAAGUAAGAACACAGUGUUUUCUCCUCUUCAAAUUUCUAAAAAUCAUUAAAUUAAGGAGAGACACAAUGUUUUCUCCUCUCUAAAUCUCUGACAGGAUAUUUUCUCCUCCUCAGACCGACCUAUAAAAAGUCCCUAAAACAAGUCAAACUUGACAUGUCAAAACAUUUUCCUGGAACAUGCAGAUUAGAUCUUUUCAGAGUGUUCAGACUGAGCACUUAUUUGUUUUUAAUUCCUGUUUCUGGGGGUGGAGCAUGCACACAUGCGUUGUCGUCAUGCAUGCCGGAAAAAAACGAUUUGCAAUCAAAUUAUCUGUGUGUAUAAAUCAGAGUUGGAGAACUCCGACAUUAGUCGGACUAAAAACAUUUACAUGCACUUUUUUUGUUGUCCAGUUAUAUUCAGAUUAAGGCACAAUUUGUUUUUUUUCAAGUGUCAUAUAAACGUACUGAAUGAUGUUGAAUAUCGUCGGGUUUCAUAAAGUUUGUGACAACCUCUGAUGCUCAUAUAAAAACUUGAACUAUCGAACUUGCAUGCACAGGUUUAUUUCACAAGAUUAAAUCUUUGCACUUUCUAUUUAAAUGUAAAUAAGAUGUAAGGAUGUUCUCAGAUUGGACUAUCAGAAUACUUUCAUUUCUUUCUACCUUUCCCUUUUUUUCUUUUUUUUUGGGGUGUUUUGUACACUUUUACUUUUCCCUUGAUAUUUUCUGUAUUUGUCUAUAGGUCUUCAUGUUGAUUGUUUGUUUGUUCAUUUACAUGGUAAAUCAAAAACCAAUAAAAAGUAAAUGACAAAAAAAAAGAUGUAAAGAUGUAAAGUUUGGAUGCACCUUUAAUUUAAUUAAAAAAAACUCACAGGCAACAGGUUGUUGUUCAGAAAGCUUA